AUCGUCAACCGCCGUCCUUCCAACAGCGGCUUUGGUCGGCCACGUGAUCUCUGUGGUCGCAUUCCGUCAAUUUCAUCCCUAAUCCAACAGAAUUCCUCUUUUCCAAAAGCUACCCUCCACCGACCACGAUCUCUUCGGGCCAGAAGGGGUAUUACUGUCAACUCUACCAUCUUUGGUUUCACCACCUUCCUUAGUAGGCUGUAGCUCCUCCAAUUGAACUUUACUUUCUCCAAAGUCUGUGUCUCACCUACCUCUUCUUCCUUCCUCCACCGAAGAACAUGGAGAAGAAGCGUAAUUGGAGCUGGGGCUCCGCCCUCGUCGGAGCUGCGUCGGCGAUUGCUGCGACGGCGAUCAUUUCCGCCAAGCCCAAGGACCCGACCUUCCACCUGAUCUCUAUAAAGUUCACUUCCCUCAAGGUGAAGCCGCCGGUGGUGGACGCGGAGCUCAUCCUGACCGUCCACGUUACCAACCCCAACGUGGCUCCUAUCCACUACUCCUCCACCGCCAUGUCCAUUUUCUACGACGGCUCCCAUCUGGGGUCUGCCCUGGUCGAGGCCGGUUCGCAGCAGUCCCGGUCCUGCCAGGUUCUCCGCCUCCCGGCCCGGCUAGACGGCCUGAAGCUGGCCCACCAUCGCAGUCGGUUCAUCUCCGAUGUGGCGAAGCGGGAGAUGGUUCUAGAUGCUAGUGUGGACAUUGGGGGAAUUGCGAAAGUGCUGUGGUGGAAUCACAGGUUCAAGGUGCACGUGGACAGCCAUCUGACCGUUGAUCCCGUCUUCCUGGAUGUGCUUGAUCAGGAAAAUACUUCUCAACUUAAGCUGUUUCUUACAUGAUCGGGGAUGCUAUAUAGUGUUAAUUUCCGUCUCCCUGCGUUUACUUCUGUGAGAUUAAUGGAUAAUCCUACUGAAUUGCCAAUCAUAGUUCAU